GGGUUAAUUGGGCAGUAAAUCUGAAUGUAAAGUCGAUGUUUACUGGGACUGCCAGGUGUCACGGUUUAUCAUUCUGCAUUCUGCCGGCUGUCACUUCUCCAAUUAGCUUCAUGUUCCCCGUCUAGUUGCAAUCUACUAAGUUUGGGUGCCGAUAAGAACCCGGCAAGGAAAGAGCCAAAGAAAACAAAUUUGUACCUCGCUGCUGUCCUACGAAGUUGUUGAGGCCUGCGUUCUUCCAAUCCGAAUUUAUCUUGUACCAAUUCCACAUCCACAUCCACAAAUCUUUUUCUUCUUUUCCCACAACCCAACCUUUAACUCAACCACAAAUACUCGCACCGUGAACCAAUCUGCCCAAGAUGUCUAUCCCCGCCUUCGCUGAUAUUUCCAAGUCGGCAAAUGACUUGCUGAACAAGGACUUCUACCACCUCUCCGCGGGAACCAUCGAGGUUAAAAGCAACACUCCCAACAAUGUCGCCUUCAAGGUCACUGGCAAGAGCAGCCACGAGAAGGCUACCAGCGGUGCCAUCGAAGGCAAAUACACAGACAAGUCUCUCGGUAAUUCAACCACUAUUUUUCCCAGUCAGACCAUCAAGUCGCACACCAAAAGACGCCAAGCGAGUUCGCUUACAGUAUCGUUGUGGGGAAUAAAAGCUCCAACCUGGCCUCUCGAUUUCUCUAUCUUCCUAAGUCAACAUGGCUCACAAUUACUAAUGCUAUACCGACGCGCAGGCCUCACUCUGACUCAGACCUGGAACACGGCCAACGCCCUCGACACCAAGGUUGAGCUCGCCGAUACCCUCGCCAAGGGACUGAAGGCCGAGUCCAUCUUCUCUUUCCUACCCGCCACCCAAAACAAGGGUGUUAAGCUCAACCUUACAUUCAAGCAAUCCGCUUUCCACGGCCGUGCCUUCUUCGACCUCCUCAAGGGCCCCACUGCCAACGUCGACGCCGUUAUCGGUCACGAAGGUUUCCUUGCUGGUGCCUCGGCUGGAUAUGAUGUCCAAAAGGCUGCUGUUACCGGCUACAGCGCCGCCGUUGGCUACAUUGCUCCUCAGUACAGCGCUGCCAUCACUGCCACUGACAACCUGAGCGUCUUUGCGGCCAGCUACUACCACAAAGUGAACAGCCAGGUCGAGGCUGGUGCCAAGGCUACCUGGAACUCCAAGAGCGGAAGCGCUGUCGGUCUUGAGGUUGCCAGCAAGUACCGUCUUGACCCCGUCUCCUUCGCCAAGGCCAAGAUCAACGACCGUGGCGUUGCCGCUGUCUCCUACAACGUUCUUCUUCGCCCUGGCGUUACCCUAGGUCUCGGCGCUUCUUUCGACACCCAGAAGCUCGAGCAGGCCACCCACAAGGUCGGCGCCAGCUUCACCUUCGAGAGCUAAAUUGGUUAGCCUAAAGCUAAAGGAGUGUUUCGGACUUUUGUAGACGAAUUCCCGGGAAUCAUGCCCAAUACCCUCUCGUCAUUAUUUGUAUGCUUUACAAAACAAGCAGGAUUCUUCGCAUACGAGUCAAAAUAUCUCAAUUGUAGACAUUAGACCUCUUGGACGUUCG